AUGAUCUUCUUGAAUACGUUGCACCAAAUCCUCGUAAACUUUGAGGGAGCUCGUGCAGAAGCUGUCCAUAGCCUCGAGCACGUGCUGCAGGCUCGACUGGAGGCUCCCGCCUUUGGUGGUCUGGCUUUGGUAAACAGUCGAACUUCUUUUGUGGAGUGCCUGAAUCUCCUUGUGAAUCCUCUGCUCCUCUUUCUCAAGGCUCUUGAUUUCCAGGUCCCAAAGCUGGAGCACGUUGGAUGCCAGGUCACGCAUGGAAUCGAGCACUUGUUUUUCCGAGACUCGUUCGAGAGACUGCCACCACUGAUUGCAGAUGAUGAAUAUCGGGGGUGCCCCGAUUCGGCUGGGGGAGAAGGGGACGAUUCCAUCGGGGGUUUCUUCCGGGAUGUAGAGCAGGCAUUUCAUGAGCCAGCUGUGUAG